UAAGACCCCACAAUUUUAUUUUCCAAAGUGACAAACAGUAACAUAAAGCAGGGUUCACAUGGAGCCACGUCCUGCACAACACUCGGCCACAGACAUAAGCUCAUAUAUUAUUUGCUGUCAUAUGAGUUAGCCUUCUGUGCACCUACAGCUCUGUGUAUUCACAUCAUGCAGCUGCAUGACUCAUGAAAUACUUAUUUACCUUGGAACAAUGCACCUGAGGAGUGGUGCAGUAUGAACAAUGAAUCAUAUAUCAUGGUGCAACAGAACAGUGCAGCACUAAACGGUUUGGAAUUAUCUUGUAAAGCAUGUUGCACCUUUGAUCACAAUAUUAUUAUGUCACAGAAACCACAGGUUUCUGUCAGAUUUAUUUUUCUCUGUUUGUUCCAAAAGACUAAUACGUUUGCAAAAGCAGCUGAAAUACAUGUGUUUCAAGUGGACUAAAUAAGGAUAGUGUUAGGUUGAUAUGAAAGUGCCAUUUGUUGAUAAAAAAUAAUGAUAAUGAUAAUAGUUGUGUAGAAAAUAGCAUGUAUGUUACCUUUCAAGUUAUUGUCUAGAUUGAGAAAGAUAUUAAAAAAUAACCCACAUCGAAACAUAAUCUAUGUAAAGGUAAAUAAAUUCAUCAAAAAUAACAUAAAUACAUAUGAUGGUGUGCAAAAUGCACAAUCAAAAGAGUAAAUACUUGGAAAAUAGGUGAGAGACAUAUAAGUUUGCAUUCCCCCAUUCGAUGAUUAUGAUUAGUUCUUUGCCAGUUUUGACGCAAUGUUGUUAAAGAUGGGAGUAAUUAUAUUAACUACCAUAAUUUAUCACACAUGAUUUCAUUAUAUAUGAACAAAUGUUUUAUGUGUACAUUUUAAACACACAAUUGAAGUAAACAACACAUUACUUCCCAUUGAAAUAGUGACAGAAGUAAAAGUUAAAAUAGCAAGUGUCAACUGUAUAGUCAGGUAAAGUAGGUGACAAGUAUCACAGAAAUAAUAUAAAUGAGACAGUGAAACUAAUACUAAACAAAAGUGGCAGUAAGUAGUAAUGAUAAAAGGAGUAAGUUAUGUGGGAUAUUACACGAUAUUGAAAUAUUGAACAAAAAUUGCACAUUAUAAUAAAAUAAUAACACAUAAAAAAAAGAAAAACAUUAUAAUAUUGCACAAUUAAGUUGUUAGUAGUGCACCCCAUGAGGAAAUAAAAGGUACUUUAAAGACAUAUUAAAACAUGUCUAAGCAAAAUCCAUCGAUUUACUCCACUUGUGUAUGUUAAAUGUACGAGUAAUGUCCAAGAAUGGCGUUAAACACUAACAACAUGCUCUUAUUUCAUUCGCGAUCCAUGCCUCAUUUCCGGCGCUGUUGCGGUAACUUGCCGCUCCUCCUGCCGUCGCGUCGCCCAGAGCGCAUUCCAGGUACAGUGACUCUGCCGCGCGCCACCGAGGCUGCGCAUUCCUCUGUAGGCGCGGUGAGGUUUCCAGAGCAGACUGCCGCUGCUGCUCGACGUGAAGAGCUGGAAACUACACAAAUGCUUUAACAGAGGAUCAGUGCGGGUGUGAUGACGCCGUGUGCGCGCUUCAGCCACGGUGUGUGUGGACAGGGGACACGGUGAGAAAUGGAGAGUGGAGCUGCGCGCAAUCAGGGCGAGUGACGGACUGACAGGAGGUAAGAAGCUGGAUGUCUUCUGUCUGUAACUCCAUCCAGUUCACACUGACUCAGCUGACUUCAAAGUGAAUUUAGUAAAGUUACCAAAGCUCAACUCUGACCUGUUGACAUAGGCAGUGAUUGUGUUCACAGCGUCAGAGGAAACUCUGCUAGAAUAAAAACCUAUGGCCGAGGACUGGACCCUGCACGGCAGCUUGGUUUUAUUGUCAGUCCUUAUCGGCUCAUUACAGCUGAGUAUUCAUUAACAGUUCGGUGUCAGUGGCUGUGGCCAUGGCCUGCUGCUGGCAGUGGUGCUACCGCACCUGUGUGUGCCUCCUGACCGAGGAGGAGAAGAAGACCCUCACUGUGCACAAAGAGAUCCAGAGGAUCCUGAAGCAGCAGAAGAAGAAGGAGAAGAAGGAAGUUAAAGUCCUGCUGCUGGGAACCGGGGAGAGUGGAAAGACCACCUUCAUCCGACAAAUGAGGAUCAUCCACGGACGCGGCUUCUCAGAAGAGGAGAGGAAAACCUUUGCUAAAUGUAUCUUUCAGAACAUCUUCACGGCCAUGAAGGCCAUGACCAGCGCCAUGACCACACUCAGAAUCCCCUACUCGAACCCAGAGAACGAGAUGUUUGCGAAGUGGCUGCAGGAUGUAAACACAGUGCAAAUCACCCAGCUGGAGCGGGGCUACGUCGAGGCGAUUCGCCGCCUCUGGGCAGACCCGGGCAUUCGUGUCUGUUACAGCCGCCGCUGCGAGUACCAACUCCUGGACUCCACAGAGUACUACAUGAGUAAUCUGGACCGCAUCGCCGUCCAAGAGUACAUCCCCACAGAACAGGAUGUGCUGCGAGUUCGAUUCCCCACCACGGGCAUCCACGACUAUUCCUUCACCAUCAAGCCCGUCACGCUAAGGAUUGUGGACGUGGGCGGUCAGAAGUCAGAGCGUCGGAAGUGGAUACACUGCUUUGAAAAUGUCAUCUCGCUCAUCUUCCUGGCCUCCCUAAGCGAGUACGACCAGGUCCUGGAGGAGAGAGAUGACAUAAACCGAAUGGAAGAGAGUCUGGCUCUGUUCUACACCACCAUCCAUUCCCCCUGGUUCCUCAAAACCUCCAUUAUCCUCUUCCUCAACAAGACUGACAUCCUGGCUGACAAAAUCCAGACCUCCGACCUGCAGAAAUACUUCCCCAACUUCACAGGUAAGAGACAAGACCCUGAGGACGCCAAGAAGUACAUCCGCAAAAUGUACGAGCAGCAGGCAAGGAAACUUGACCAGACGUUGGAGUGGAAGACUCUUUACCCGCACUUCACCUGCGCCACCGACACCAACAAUAUCCGCAGGGUCUUCAACGAUGUCAAGGACACGGUGCUGCUCAAAUCCCUUGAGGAAUACGGAAUCAUGUGAACUUUUACUUUAUUUAAAUUGUUGGCUUAUAUGAGCGGAGACUCUGAUGGACACCAACGAUUCUUUCUAAAGUCCAGACAAUCAUAUCUCCUCCUCCUCUUCACCAUUAUCACACCUUGAUGAUGAAGUAGGUGCAGAAAGGGAAGAGAUUGUACUCAACGCUGCCACACUCUCUCCUCUCCCUCUCAAGUAGAAAACAUGGGAAUGUUUUGGAAGGAUUUGGCUGGGAGAUGCAACAAGUCUGGGUGACUUUUCAUCAGGGAGCGAGGAUCCAGUCCUUCCUCUCAGCCAACAGCUUUUCUGCCAAUUUUGAUUUUGUCCUUUUUUGUUUGAUUGUUUUGGUUCUUAGUUUUUUUAAGAGUUUAGAAUUUGGGUCAUGCAGUGACUGAACGAACCCAUAAUUGAAGCAGGAGCAGAAAUGCAAUGAAGUGCUGUGCUGCCAUUAACAGAGUAAUACGUUCUACAAGAGAAGAUGAUGCCAUGCAUGGGAACACCACAUUUGAAAUGCUUUGUUACCAUCAAGCACGUGCUUGCACACAUACUGCAAAAACACAAAUUCUUCCAUCAUGCCCUGUGUAUGGCAAUACUGUACAUAAGGUCUGUACUACUCCACUCUUUAUCCCCACAUAGUCCAAUGUUUUAGGCCCGGAGUUUGUACACACUGAACACAGUCAUCAGGCGCAUAUACGGCAUGGAAUGAUGGCACUUGGGCGGUCUGCUUCUGUUUGGCGGAUCUGGGCCACAAAUAAUUCAUAGCAAUACUGUGGGUCAACCAAAGGUGCUAAAAUUAGUUUUGUGCUAUUAGGGUGAUGUUCACCAUUUACCACAUGGGCCCCUGUAGGUUCACAUCUAGACUACACCUUUCCGAGGGCAUCGCAUUUUCGCCAAAAAUGCACGUACACAUUUGUUUUGGGAUGUUUGGGAGAAGGCCAGAGGUCAUUGCCUAAUGUGACCCACAUCCGUAUGCUAUCUAGCAGGUACCUGUAGAUUGCGCAACUGCCACCAAUUGAGUCCACUGUCUAUCUCCUAACAUUCACCUCCAGUCUUUGUAAAAGUUCACACAUUCUUUCUGUGUUAAAUGGUUUACUCCGUUAAGUGGAUGGAUAGUAUUGUAUUGUAUAGGUAUUGAUUGUAUGCAUAACCUCCAGUUUUGGGGGUUAAGAGAUCUACUUGUUCAUGGCUCACACCUGCUCUGGUGCUCAAGACACUGAUCUGCAGCCUGCAGUUAUUUAAAUGAUGACAGAGGAAUGUCCUGAACAUCUAAUCCAUCAACAGUGUUUCAUCAUUAUUGUCUUACUGGUAGGACGGGAAAGAUAAGAAUUACAAAAGGGUCUAAAAAACGCCAGAAGUUUAAAAAAAUUGAUUUGAAUUUUAAUAAUUUUAAUAAAUUUGUAUUGCCUAUUACUUUUUUAAAGAAUGGAUUGCAUCAUGAAUUAAGUUGCUCAUUGUGACAAACUAUGAGAGAAGCAUCACCCUGAAUCUAUCUUCCUUGCAGCUCUAUGUUGCAUUAAAGCUCCUAUUUUUUUUGUUGCUAUUUUCUGGCCAGCAACCAAUGUUUUGGUACAAGCAGCAGUUCAAAGAGUUCUUUCACCCACUUUACAUUGUCUAUAACCAAAUGUGAGACAUACUCCGUUAAAGAUAAGCCUGUAAACAGGCUGAGACCAAAAUGAGCUAAAAAGAGUUUCCAGAGCUUCAGAACACUCAAGUCACCAAAAUAAAACUGUCGAAGUGCUGUAAUGUCUAUUUUCAGUGUGACAGUGGGUCAUUGCCUCUGUAAAAAGCCUGUUCAGUACUUUUCAACACUUUCCCUACAGCAAUGAAGCCAAAAGCAGCUUUUUAACAAUAUGAUUGUAAUGCUACAUCAACUACUGCAUUUUCAUUUGAAAUUGAUUGCAGAGCUGCAACAGCUCUGCAACCUAAAACUUCCUGUGUAUAGUGGGGCGCAUUAAACACCAGCAUGCGCAUGCACGUGAGGGGUCACUUCGUAUGUUACGUUUUCAAGCAUGUUAUUAAAACUGCAGAGAUUGUCUAGUCGACCCUCUGAGCUGAGUCUGAGAGGAUUCUGCAACAGUUCCUUUAUCUGUCUUUGGCCAAUUUUUUCUGCUAGUCCAGAAGACAAUUAAUACACUUUAUUGAAAUCAAUAUCAUAAAUUCAAGCUCUAAUCACACUUGGUGGCUGACAGGUUUUAAAAGGUCACAAAUGAAAAAAAGAGACACUGAGAAAACAGCAAGAUUCAUGCUGCGAGUUCAAUCAACAAUGGUGGGCCAAAAAAAUCUGCUCUGCUGGCUAAAGGGUAAAGAAUAUUAAUAUGAGGUGGCAGUGUGAUCUCCUUUUGUGUCCUAUUUAUAUCAGCGUGUGGAGAGGGGAAUUUUAUAUUUGUCCAGAGCGUGAGUUCUACCCUUGUGUGCGUCACUGAGGGUUGAGUGUGUGUUGAGUGGAAAAUGACAUUGAAAUUUAGUAAAUUAACUGACCUUGAUGGGAAGCUAAUAUUAGUUCACUGUGUCUGUGACGAGGUUCCGCCUGCUGUUUUGUUGAUUGUACAUAACAUGUUUUGAUCUCUACAUGGCUGCUUCAUGUAUGAAGAUGAAUUAGCUAUUGUUAAAUCUUUAUGUUGCCUUCAAACACAAAUGUUUGAUUUUACUGUACAUUAACUAAUGACUACUAUACUUUUGAUUGUUGUUUGCUGUAUUUUAAAAAUAUUGUUAACCAACAUCACAUAAACUGUGACUAGAGAAGGCGUUUGCUAGUGAACUUUUGCAAUGGGAGACCGCUUCUCAUACGGUGACAGCAAAUAUUUGGCUGUAGAUUCGGGUGAAGGACGUGGGCAAAUAUGUAUUUUUCUAGCUAAUAUUAAAAACAAGCAUCUGAACAUG